GUCGGCCUACCCAAAAAAAUCCCUCCCCCAUCAUUCAUCUCUCCCUCUCUCCCUCUCCUCUGCAACAACAAUAUGACAACAAGUAGCAAAGGAAACAACAACGCAGCAUCAGUAGUCCAAGUCCAAGAGCAAGCAGCAGGUAGCCAUGAGUGCUGCAUGUGUGGGGAUUUUGGCUUCUCCUAUGAGCUCUUUCUUUGCAAGGUUUGCCAAUUCAGAUCUCAGCACAGAUUUCCGAUGUGCAGGUACUGCAGCAAUCUUUACCCGAAUGCUGAGUCCUACAGAAUCUGCAAUUGGUGCCUCACCCAGAAGGAGGACACAAAGGAAAAGUCCCCGAACUCCUCAAAUUCUUCAUCCUCAUGCAAAAGGGAAUCCCAAGAUCAAGACCACCCAAUUACCAAGAUCAGCAUCAAGAAAAAGAUUUCAUCAAAAAACAGUAAUAAUCCAUAUGGUGGGUGUCUGAGGGGCACUAUGCAGCUGCAACCAAGCGGGCCCAUCAAGAAACAGAGAUCACUUGAUCUUCAUCGUCAAUCAUCAGCAAUAUCUCCAUCUCCAUCACCAUCUCCAAAAUCUGCACCAGUUGUUACCAGAAAGAGGAUCAUCACAAAUGCGGCAAAGGAGGCUGAGAGGAUCAGGAGGACAAGGUCAGAGGGCAUAUCAAACAUAAAAAACACAAGCACUAUUGGGAUCACAAGGCAAGUCUUCAGGAACAAGGUCAGAAGGUACAAGCUUUUGGAUGAAGUUUCAAGUCAAUGACUUGUUGGCUACAGCUAGCUAUAUAUUCCAAUUUCUUCUCUCUUUUAUUUUCUUUUUGUUGUACAUACAAAUAUAAAUACAGAUAAAUGUGAUGGAGGAGACCAGUGGCAGGCGUAAUUUAGUAUGAUAUAGUAAAUUGUAAUUUUCAGUUAAUGUAGAAACGUAAUAAGAGAACUCUGUGGUGGAUUGUGGUGGAUUCUGUAUAAUCAAGUUCUUUUUAAGUUAAAGAACGUACUUCAUUGUGUA